AUGUCCCGUGCUGACGAAGGCCGAUUGAUUCAUUUGGCAAAGAAACGCGAACGCGAAAAGGAAGACAUUGAGAAGCAACUGCGAAAACUUGAAGAAGACAAGGAGAAAUGUAGAGUUGGAAUCACGAACAAAUUCACAGCCAACUAUGAGACAAUGGAGGAAUCUGUCAAGUCGAAAACCUAUGGAUUGGUUUCUCUCGAUGACAUGAAGAACAUACAGAAAAAUGAGAUAUCUAACAGAGAUUUACAAGUAGCAAGAGGAGAAUCUUCUGGAUCAGCAUUAUCGAAAGAUUCACAAGAAGCGCGCGAGAAGGAAGAACACGUUGCGAAACAUACCCAGAAACGAGUGCUCUCAUUUGCUUACGAAGAUGAGGAAGAAGAGGAAGAUGCGGUACCAAUCAUACCAAAAAAGCGAGUUGGAAUGGAUCCGACAGUCGACACGAGCUUCUUACCAGACAAAGAGCGCGAAGAGUUUUUGCGAAGAAAGAAGGAGGAACUGGCGGCCGAGUGGAGAGUAAAACAAAAUACUGAAAAGAACGAGGAGAUAACUGUUGCGUACGCCUAUUGGGAUGGAUCGUCGCAUCGGAAGAAUAUGAAGAUUAAGAAGGGAAAUACGAUUUCGCAGUGUUUAGCAAGAGCUAUUGAGGCACUCAAAAAAGAAUUCACCGAGCUCAAGUCGUGCACCACCGAGAAUCUGAUGUUCGUGAAAGAGGAUCUCAUCAUUCCACACUUCUACACAUUCCAAGAUUUCAUUGUCACCAAAGCGAUGGGAAAGACUGGACCACUCUUCGUCUUCGAUUCGGCUUCUGACGUUCGUAUACGACAAGACGCUGCUUUGGAUUACGGAGAGUCGCAUCCGGCAAAGAUAGUUCUUCGUAGUUGGUACGAAAAGAACAAACAUAUCUAUCCGGCAUCACGAUGGGAACCAUUUGUGCCUAGUAAGAAGUACGGCCGCAAUUUCGAUGAUCUCAGUGAUUUAUAA